CCAUAUUUGACAGCUUCAUCCUGGUAACCUGGGUGGUGGGACACAUCCUGGUUCUUAUUGUCAUCUGUCGUACGAUGCGGCGAGGACAUGGACAGUCCACUGGAGGAAGAACAGGAGGACUCCAACAAACAAGUGCAAAUGGCACAGAUGUUCUUCUUCUGUCAUUAAGUGUGGCAGAUCUUCUCCUCCUUUCCUGUUUUCCAUAUCACACAGUCGCCAUUGCAACCCGUCACUGGCCGUUUGGAAGCUUCAUGUGCAAGACUGUGAGCUUCCUGAGUGCAAUGUGCACAGCUGCGAGUGCCUUUACACUGGCCGCUUUGGCUUUUGCACGGUACAUCAUUGUGGUCCAUCAAUCGAAAGCAUAUCAUAGGCGUAGAGAGGGACAUUUAAAAGUAGUUGCGGGUGUACUGUGGAUACCAGCAGUCAUCUUGGCAUCGCCUCAGUUUGCGUGGAGGACACUGAUUUCAGGCCUGGACAACCAUGAAGCCUGUGAGGACCUGGCAUGUUUCAAUUUCCUGUCUGACAAAGGCCAGUUGGCAUACGGAGUGUGCCACUUCCUAUUCGCUUUUACAUUUCCACUUGGGAUCAUUGUAAUAGCCUAUGCCAAAAUAUACCAUUUCCUCAAAAUCACUAGACGGGGCCAUACAACGCAGACUGACCGUUUGGAGUAUUACCUUGUGCAUGUGACUCAAACGACUGCUCUGUUAGUGCUGGCAUUUGCAUUGUGUUGGCUGCCUUGUGUUGGUUUGCCCAAAUAGCUGAGGUUUAUAAAGCAGCUGGUCCCAUAUCUCACUUUGGAUCUUUUGCUAGCUUUGCACGCAUCAUGGCAACAUCUUCUACAGUGGCCAACCCCAUUCUCUAUGUUUUUAUGUCAGAGAAAUUCAGAAAG